UUAAGAGGUUAGAGAGAGAAAGUGGAUAGAGAGAGAAAGGCAACAGCAUUAAAGAGUUGUCACUCUCUUUUGUACCCACUCCUAUAUAUACCCCAAAUACUGCGUCAUUUCCAUCUGAUUAACCAGUAAACGACACAUUUCCUGCACUUUCUCUCUCCUCCAACCCUCACUGCCGCCAUUGUUGAACUAAGUAGGGUUUCACCAAGCUUUUUCUACACCAAAUUCACAAUCAAAAAGCUGUAAUCACUUUAGAAAUGGAUAAUUAUACGCUUCACUUGGCGAUGGCGGCGUUGGUUGGAGCGUCGUUUGUGGCGGUUUCUGCGUACUACAUGCACCGGAAGACGCUUUCGCAGUUGCUGGAGUUUGCCAAGACUAUGGAGAGAGAUAAGGAGGGAGAAGAAGCAGAGGAGGAAGAGGAGGUUGGGCGCCACCUUUCGCCUCGCCAUUACCGUCGUCGUCGGAGAAUCGGAGCUUAUCGCCGUGCUUCGGCGUCUUUGCCGGAUGUUACUGCAAUUUCUGGCGGUGAGAUUGAUGGUUCCGAUAAGCGUAAUAGUGUUCUUCCUGUUGAAGGUAUUCCUGCUGGUUUGCCUCGGCUUCGUAGCCUCUCCGAAGGAAAAGCUACCAGUCUUACGAGUUCAGCUAGUAGAUCUUACAUGAUGAGACCUACGUCUCCAAAGUCCCCUGUUGCCAGUGCCUUUGAAAGUGUAGAAGGAUCUGAUGAUGAAGAUACCUUCACAGAUAGUUCUAAAUUGGAUCCUACCUAUCUGCAUACUAAUGGAAAUGCGGGCCCAGAAAUGAAAAGUCAAUAUCAAGACCCAGGGAAUAAUAAUAAUGAAGAUCAAGUUCCUUUAACUUCUCCAAACAUGAUUCGCUCUCAUAGCAUAUCUGGUGACUUGCAUGGUGUUCAGCCUGAUCCCAUAGCCGCUGACAUUCUAAGGAAGGAACCAGAGCAAGAAACAUUUGUCCGGCUUAAAAUAUCACCUAGCGAGACACCAACACCGGAUGAAAUAGAAUCUUAUUUGGUUCUCCAAGAAUGCCUUGAGCUACGAGAUAGUUAUGUGUUCAGAGAAACAGUUGCUCCAUGGAAGAAGGAAAUCAUUACUGAUCCCAGUACACCAAAGCCGAAUCCAAAUCCUUUUUAUUUUUCUCCUGAGAGAAAAAGUGACCACUUUUUCCAAAUGGAGGAUGGAGUUGUCCAAGUUUACGCAAGUAAAGAUUCCAAAGAGAAGCUGUUCCCUGUUGCUGACGCAACAACAUUUUUCACUGAUCUGCAUCACAUUCUUCGAGUUAUAGCAGCUGGAAAUAUUCGAACCUUGUGUCACCAUCGACUGAAUCUAUUGGAACAAAAAUUCAAUCUUCAUUUGAUGCUUAAUGCGGAUAGGGAGUUUCUAGCCCAGAAGAGUGCACCACAUCGUGACUUCUAUAAUGUUAGGAAAGUUGAUACACAUGUUCAUCAUUCUGCAUGCAUGAAUCAGAAGCAUCUUUUGAGGUUUAUAAAGUCAAAGCUGAGGAAAGAGCCUGAUGAGGUUGUUAUAUUUCGUGAUGGGACCUAUUUGACUUUGAAAGAGGUUUUUCAGAGCUUGGAUUUGACUGGAUAUGACCUGAACGUUGAUCUUUUGGAUGUUCAUGCUGACAAGAGCACCUUCCAUCGUUUUGACAAGUUUAAUCUCAAGUACAAUCCUUGUGGUCAAAGUAGACUAAGGGAGAUUUUCCUCAAACAGGAUAAUCUCAUCCAAGGACGUUUUCUUGGGGAGCUGACCAAGCAAGUUUUCUCUGAUCUUGUUGCCAGUAAAUACCAGAUGGCUGAAUACAGAGUAUCUAUUUAUGGCAGAAAACAAAGUGAAUGGGAUCAAUUGGCCAGUUGGGUUGUUAAUAAUGAUUUGUACAGUGAGAAUGUUGUUUGGUUGAUUCAGAUUCCAAGAUUGUACAAUGUAUACAAGGAUAUGGGGAUUGUAACAUCAUUUCAGAACAUGCUUGACAACAUCUUCCUUCCUUUGUUUGAGGUUACAGUUGAUCCAAAUUCACAUCCUCAUUUGCACCUAUUCUUGAAGCAGGUGGUUGGGCUAGAUCUAGUGGAUGACGAAACCAAGCCUGAACGACGUCCCACAAAACAUAUGCCUGCACCAGAUCAGUGGACCAACAUCUUCAAUCCUGCGUUUUCUUACUAUGCAUAUUACUGUUAUGCUAACCUCUACACUUUGAACAAGCUGCGGGAGUCGAAGGGUAUGACGACAAUAAAAUUCCGUCCUCAUGCUGGAGAGGCUGGUGACAUUGACCAUCUGGCUGCAACAUUUCUCACUGCUCAUAAUAUUGCACACGGGAUCAAUUUGAGGAAAUCUCCUGUACUUCAGUAUCUCUAUUAUUUAGCACAGAUUGGCCUGGCAAUGUCUCCUCUUAGCAACAAUUCUUUAUUUCUGGACUAUCAUCGCAACCCUUUCCCUAUGUUCUUCUUGCGUGGUCUUAAUGUUUCCCUUUCUACGGAUGACCCAUUACAAAUCCAUUUAACCAAGGAGCCUUUAGUGGAAGAAUACAGUAUAGCUGCUUCGGUGUGGAAACUGAGUUCUUGUGACUUAUGUGAGAUUGCCCGCAAUUCAGUUCUCCAGUCUGGAUUCUCUCAUGCUUUGAAGAGGCAUUGGAUUGGUGAACGCUACUUCAAACGAGGUCCAGAUGGAAAUGAUAUCCACAAGACAAAUGUGCCUCAUAUACGAGUUGAGUUCCGCCACAUGAUAUGGAGAGAGGAGAUGCAACAAGUUUUUUUGGGAAAAGCAAAUAUUCCUCAGGAAGUGGAUAAGUGAUAUACAGAUAUGUGAGCCAUAUAAUCUUUAAUGCUCAACAAAUCUGUAUACUGCUUCAACUUGGGCACCGAAUAAUUCCAUGUUUUUUCUUUCUUUAAAUGGAAAUACAGUUUCUCAUGCAUCAACUCAAAAUUUGCUGCAGAUGGCAAGUCAUACUUCUACUAUGACUGCACUAGCCUUCAUAUUCCCGUGGCUUUUUACAGACUCAAUGCUGAAGUUACAAGAUGUUUGUAUUCAUCUAUGUUGUGUACACAAAACAAGUAUUGCAUCUAUCGUCAUUUGGAAGGAUGCAGUAAAUUUCCAUAUUAAAAAGGAUAGAAUCAUAGUGAAGUCUACUUUUUAGGGAUAAGGGAGCUUGUUAUGUUAUGUAUAAAUAAGUAUCAAUUAUCUAGAGGAGAAAAGUGGAAGAUUGUCUACAAAUUUUGGCCUUUCUAAUGCUGCUAGAUGUAUGUAUGAUGGGGGGUUAUGGUAUUGAUUAGAGCAUGUAUUCAUUGUAAUCUGUGUAUGGAAAACAUUGUCGUAAGGUCAAUCAGUGAAUGCCAGAAUUUAAUGAAAUUCAAACCCAAAAUAUCCACAAUUUGUGCGGACAGCAUGUAAUACAUUGUUGAGCUAAUUUUGAUAAAUAAAAUACAGGGAAAUUAUGCA